AUGGAGUUUAAGAAAGUCAAAGGGAAGAUAACUACCAUAAGGAAGGAACUGAAUGAUAUACAAGGCAGAAUGAAGAUUGCUAAUCCAACAAGUAAUCUGUUUGAAGAGGAGAAGGAACUACUACUACAACUAGAAAAGUGGGAUAAAAUUGAGGAGUCCAUUUACAAGCAAAAGUCAAGAGUGCAAUGUUUAAAGCUGGGAGAUACUAAUAGUGCCUAUGGGAAGAGUAUUGAAGCUGAAGUGAUUGGGUUUUAUAAAAAUCUGUUAGGAACUGCAAAGGGCAGCAUACUAGCUAUUCAUCCCGGCUGGAUAAGGAAUGGACCAGUUCUAACUAGAAGGAAGCAGUUGCAGCUCAUUACUCCUUUCACAAAGGAAGAUGUAAUGGAUGCACUAAGAGGUAUAGAUGACAUAAAGGCAUUGGGGGGGGGGGGUGAUGGGUUUAAUGCAUGUUUCUUUGAAAAAGCAUGGCAUAUUACUGGAGAUGAUAUUGUUGCUGCAGUACUGGAGUUUUUUACUACUGGGAUAAUGUAUAAGCCUAUCAUAACACAGUAG